AUGACCACCGCAACAAUAACAAUGACCCACCAACCUCCCUCCUCCCAAACCAUGACCACCUCCAGCACCCCCACAAAUUGCAGUAAUCAUAAUAAUAGCAGAUAUACAAUAACCCGUUCAACCUCAGAACGUCAAACCCUCAACUCCCUAGUCCGCGCAUCCGCUCUCUUCAAAUCCGCGUUCGAAGACGGAAUCCUCUUCGAAGAUGCAUCAAUCUACAAAGAAGAAGCAUACUUCAUCGCUUACUUCGCCGAUAGUUUUAGAAAAAGACCUAGAACUUUAUCGGAUCUUGAUGUUGUCUUGUUGAGUUAUCCUACCGCGAAAGUUGCCUGUGGGUCUCCUUAUUCGUCGAAUACUGGCAUUGCCUCUGGUUCUGGGGGGGCUAGGCCUGGUUCAGCUUCGUCUGCUAUCAGUAGUAGUAGUAGCAGCAUUGGUGGUGGUAGUAGUGGCGGCCAGGCUAGGAUUGCGAAUACGCAGACAACUACACCAUGGUAUCAUGCUAGAAUUCUUAACGGACCAGCAGAAUUCUCAGAAAGGGUAGUAGCAAACCACAAAGCCAUUGUUGAAAUCAGCGAACAGUUCAUCAGUAAGAUGAAAUAUCCAACUUUACUCGUCAACACCACUACUCAAGCCACCGCCGACGACGGGAACAAAGCAGAAAGGGAAAAAGAAGCUACGGAUUUAAAACAGAAAUAUUUGGAAGAAGGAGCACCGGCAUCAAAUACUGAGAAACAAACUAUAAUCCGUGGGUUUUAUAGAUUAUGGUUGAUAUCUUUGGUAUACGGUGCGAAUGCUGUCCCGGAAUCUGGUGAGAGAAAUGUAGAUUCGGACUUUGGACGGAUGAUGGCGUGUUAUAGAUGUCUAGGCGGGCUAAAAUACUGGGAUGUAAAAGUGAUACAGAUAUUAAUGGCGUAUCUGUCGAAAGAGUUGAAACCAGUAUUUUGGUAUUACAAGAGGAUAGAAAAGGUGGUUAACGAAGGGAUUCUGAACAGUAAUUUUACUGAGGCAGCUGCAGAAGAAAUAUAUACCAGUCGAUACUUCAAUACCUUCAUGACAACAGAAUUCCCCCACAACGCCGCAUCAUGGCUCAAACACUCCAAAAAACCCCUCCUCCUGAGCGAAAGAUUCUCCACCCUCUCCUCCGUCAUCAAACUAACAACCCCCAAACACCCAAACGAAGAAUCCCUCCGCUUCUUCCUCUCCAAAGACGUCCUCAAAUGGCACGCCCGCGAACUUCAAAGUCCCUGGUCCGUAAUCUCAGGCAAAGAAUUCUCAGAAAACGUCCCCCUGAAGCCGCUAUGUAAAGCCGUGGGCGACGGACUAGGCCACAAACUCCCAGAUACGGCUAUUCCAGCGGUUAAAAAGUCCGCUUGGUUGGUGGUUGAAUUGGGGAGACAGGAUUCUACAGACACGGACUUUUGGGGCGGGGUUUGGGAUGAUGAGAGGUUACGGGGAUGGGGCUAUUGUCUUCCGAAGUUUGAAGAAGAAAAUCUGGGGAAGAAGGCUUGGAAGGGCCAUUUGAGGAGACUGUCCAGCAGGUUGAAGUUGCAUUGA